AUGACCGAGGAUAUUGAAAAUAGUGAUAAUGAUAGUAAACAUUCUACAGAAGAAAUAGAAGAGAAUAUUGGGGGUUGCCAAAAUGGUGUCAAUGAAGAGGAAACAGUAACUUUUAAAGAAUUGGGUGUAGUUGAUGUUUUAUGCGAAGCAUGUGAAGAAUUGAAAUGGAAACAUCCAUCAAAAAUUCAAAAAGAAGCAAUUCCAGUAGCCUUACAAGGCAAAGACAUAAUAGGUUUAGCUGAGACUGGAUCCGGCAAAACAGGUGCAUUUGCACUGCCAAUCCUUCAAGCACUUUUAGAAAACCCGCAGAGGUAUUUUGCACUUAUUCUCACACCUACCAGAGAAUUGGCAUUCCAGAUUUCUGAGCAGUUUGAAGCACUUGGUGCCAGUAUUGGUGUAAAAUGUGCAGUGAUAGUGGGAGGAAUGGACAUGGUCGCCCAGGCCCUCAUGUUGUCAAAAAAGCCACAUAUUAUUAUAGCAACCCCGGGUCGGCUUGUGGAUCAUUUAGAAAACACAAAGGGAUUCAAUUUAAAAGCACUGAAAUAUCUGGUUAUGGAUGAAGCUGACCGCAUUUUGAACAUGGAUUUUGAGGUGGAAGUUGACAAAAUUUUACGUGCAAUACCACGGGAGCGUCGCACAUAUCUUUUCUCUGCAACAAUGACCAAAAAAGUACAGAAACUUCAGCGUGCCUCUUUGCAAGAUCCAGUGAAAAUAGAGGUGUCAACUAAAUACCAGACUGUGGAGAAACUGCAACAGUACUACUUGUUUAUACCUCUGAAGUAUAAGGACGUGUACCUGGUGCACAUUCUGAACGAGCUGUCGGGCAACUCGUUCAUAGUGUUUGUAUCGACGUGCGCGGGCGCGCUACGAGCGGCGCUGCUGCUGCGCGCGCUGGGCGUGGCGGCGGUGCCGCUGCACGGCCAGAUGUCGCAGCACAAGCGCCUCGCCGCACUCAACAAGUUCAAGAGCCGCGCGCGCUCCGUGCUCAUCUGCACAGACGUCGCUUCCAGGGGUCUGGACAUUCCGCAUGUGGACGUGGUUAUAAACUUGGACAUCCCACUGCACAGCAAGGACUACAUCCACCGAGUGGGACGCACCGCUCGGGCUGGCCGAGCCGGGAAAGCUAUAACUUUUGUCUCGCAGUAUGACGUGGAACUGUACCAGCGCAUCGAGCAGCUGAUCGGAAAGCAACUGCCGCUGUACAAGACGGACGAGAGCGAGGUCAUGGUGCUGCAGGAGCGCGUCGCGGAAGCGCAGCGGCUCACUAAAAUUGAAAUGAAAGAGCUAGAGGACAAAAAGAGCGUGAAGGGCAAAAAGCGCGGCGCAGAGUCCGACGACGACACGGAGGAGGCGGCCGGCGUGCGCAGGCGUAUCCGAGGAAAACCCAAACAUGGCGGCAAGAAGAAACGAUGA